AUGGCCUACGAUUUACCAUUCGAGAAUUACGAUGAUGCCGGGGUCUACCAACGCAGUACGAAUCGAGGUCUGCUCCAGGAAACACGGAACUUCGUCGUCGAAUUUGGCAGAUCACAAGCUCAGAUAGCUUUCGAUGUAGAGGCUGAGCAUGUGCAAAGUCUUCUUGAUACUCCUGCCCCGGCAGAGCGACCUGUACGAUGGAUCAACUUAUGGGGUCCUCACACACAAACGGAUAUAGUCGAACUGCUAGGAGAGCACUAUAGCUUCUCAUAUAGAUUGCUGGCUAUCAUGAAGACCGAACCUCCAGGGGCGAGACUGAAAGUCCAACAUAAGCAUGCCAGAACCUUCAGGGCAAGAUUCUAUCGGAAGCCCGAUGUUGAGACUGCUAAGCUUUCUCAUGGUGUUCCCUUGGAGAAAGCGGAGCCGCCAAGAAUACAAUCUGUGGAUGGGAUCAGUCACUAUGCUCUGGCGGAGCAGAUGACAAACUAUCAUUCUAUCGAUGUUGGUAGUCGUUUCAUUUGUGUUGGUGCAAACUUCAUGCACGAAAUUGCCUCGAAGUGUGAGAGGUCAGAGAUCGAGAUUAUCUCAGAAGGGGUUCAGAAACGACUAUGGUCUUGGCUAGUACUUUGCGAUGAUCAUACUGUUCUCUCCUUCCACGAGCAUCCUGGCAAGGUACAUGAUGCACGAGAUCCAAAGUCUUUCCGAGCGAACACACUAAGUGUCCUGAGUCAGUUGUCGAAUUAUGGCCAUGGGCAAGUAGAUCCUAUUUCCAUGCAAACGGUCCGCCAAGCUCUGAAUGAAGACCUUUCUCAUUCCAAUCCGGGUGUAGAAGGUGCUAGUUUGUUAUUCUACUAUCUAUUUGAUGAUUGGCAAGCCGUGUAUACCACUGUGGCUAAGUACUCGAAACGUCUGGCGCAAUUUGACGAUGCAAUUCUGUUCGACAUGUGGAAGAAAUCGUAUCAAACUCCAGAUGUCGAGAUCAUACCUCGACUCCAUCGCCUAGGUCGCCAGGGUCGUCAACUGAGCCAUCUUUACUCGGGAUAUAAGAAUCUCGUCCAACGAAUCCUGGAUUCGAAAGCGAUCACUAUUCAUGUCGCUCAUUCUACCAGUUCUGGCGAUCUUGCGUCUAUGAAGGGUCAUAAAGGCGUCUUAUUAGCCCAGUCUGCCAGUCAACGCUUCGAGCGUCUUAGUGAUAGGUUAGAAUUACUUGUCAUCGAGCAAAUGAAAGAGUCACUCGCAGAAAGAGACGCGCUGGUCACUACAUACUUCAACAUCACCGCUCAAAAAGACUCGGAAUCCACAGCCCGCCUCACACGGGCAGCAACCUUACUCGCUAAACUCAGCGUGCUGUUCCUCCCCGUCAGUCUGAUGACCAGCUACUUCUCUAUCCAAGUCAGUGAUUUGCAAGGUGUGUAUACAGUCAAGGAUUACUGGUAUGCGUUUGCUGGUAUCAUGAGCGGCUCGUUCGUUGCGCUGUUCUUUUUUAGUAGGUUGCUGAUGUGGAUCUCUGAGAAUUUGGAUGCGAGGUUGAAGCAGGCGAGUCAUUCUGCGAGGAUGUAUUUGGCGGAUAGGAUUCGGAAGAAAAGAGAGAGAGAUGAGUAG